UGAGACCAAAUCAUGUAUAGCCCAGCGUCUGUGUGUAACGCCUCGCGAUCCGCCGUCAGUUUCUAAGCAACACACUCACAUAGGCCUACUCCACACAAUGCGUAAUUUCCUAUUCAGAAAAAGUCUGAGCGAGCAAAGCAAGUCAGCGGAGCUUACAAGUGAACAACAUGAUCUUAUCCGACAGAGGAACGGGGGACACUGAGAUGAACGAUAAACCAGCUUUUCCACUUCGGUUUCUAUAAUUAUCGAAGACAUAGGUACAGAGAGGACAAUUUGCGAACAGUUUUCAUCCAGAAAACCCUGAGGAAUAUAUUAAUGUGACACUUUUUGAUUGCUUGUGAUUGUCGCGUAAAAUACGCGCGCUUGUGAUGCAUCUUCUUGGAUAUCCAGGAUCAUAUUCCUUUGAAUAAAACUUGUGACCCGACAAUGAAUAUUCCUAAUCUGCACGAGUAUUUAUAGCAACUUUUUGAAUCAAUUAUUUUCUCACCAUCAUCUACCACGCACCUUCACACAAACCCGGACUCAAAUAGAUGAAGAUAGAAGAUGCGACGAUAAUGGUAAGCAGAUAGAUAGUAUUUGACCCUACCUACAAACAUCGGAACAAUGACAAUUUUUAAAGGUGACUUCCUCCAAGAAUCGCGGUGCGGUCCCCUAUGUUUUCGGAGCGGAGUGACUUCUACAGCAGUAUUAUAAAUGCCUGAUUAUCUGACCAUCUCUGUCUGCGGUGCGGUGUUUACGUUAAAGUUGUAGGAUGAUGAGCAGUGAUUUGGAGCACGUUUCACUCAAUUUAACGGCGGCCAGCAACUCCGGGACUGGGUCGGGCGGCCGAGGGCUGUCAGCCAACGUUCGGAAGCUGCACAACGCGCUCAACUUGCUGCUCACUGACUUCGAGAGAGAACAGUUCAUCCACUGUCUCAAUGUUUACCACGCUAAACGCAACGUCUUCGACUUGGUUCAAACUCUCAAAAUAAUCCUCAACACGCCGAACAAACGACAACUCCUCCCCAUGUUGCGUUUGGUCAUUCCCCGCUCAGAUCAGCUGUUGUUCGACCAGUAUACUUCCGAGGGCCUGUACCUUAAAACGGAUCAUCUACCACUAAACAGUGUCAACAACCCUGAAAGCUUUGGAGGAGAAGUAGGCAAUACUGCAAACAACUAUGUCCCAAUUCCCACUACACACUUUAUGAACCCGCAUGAGCCUCAGCUGCUUCAUGAUCUUUCUUGUUUCACAUCACCAGAAGCUUGCCCCUGCCCGGAUAGUUUCAGCACCACCGCUGAUGAGACAGCUCCCCUGGCUUUCAUGCAGGGGGAGGCUGUUGGAGAGAUCCGCAUAGUGACACUGCGACGCAGCAAGAGCAAUGAGGGCUUAGGGUUCAGUAUCCGGGGAGGUUCUGAGCACGGUGUGGGAAUCUAUGUGUCGCUAGUAGAACCCGGAUCUUUUGCCGAGAAUGAAGGACUGAGGGUCGGGGAUCAGAUAGUGACUGUUAACGGCAUGAUGUUUGACAGAGUCUCACACAUGGAGGCAGUCAAGGUCCUGAAAGGCUGUAAGAAGCUGGCCAUGUCAGUGUGUUCAGUGGGCCGGAUCCCCGGGGGGUAUGUCACCAACAACAUUUAUGCUUGGGUGGAUCCUCAUGGCCGCAGUGUGUCCCCUCCCUCCGACCUGGAGCAGCAAAGCACCCUGGGACCACAACACAGCCAGAGACGUACAGGACACACACAGGAGAAGACAGUAAACCUGAACCUGGACGACGGUCUCUCUCUGGGCCUGAUGAUCAGAGGAGGGGCGGAGUAUGGCCUGGGUAUCUACAUCACUGGGGUAGACCCCGGCUCAGCUGCAGACCGCGGGGCACUCAAGGUGGGCGACCAGCUGCUGGAGGUAAAUGGGCGGAGCUUCCUGGCCAUCCCCCAUGACGAGGCGGUGAGGAUCCUGAAGACGAGUUGUCACCUGCUGGUGAGGGUGAGGGACGUUGGCCGCGUGCCCCAUGCCCGCACCGUGGUGGACCAGACCAAAUGGAUCAGCAGCCCCAUCCCCCCUAGCCCGCCGCCCAUAACAGAGAGCACCGCCAGCCCAGCCGCUACACGGCCAUCUUCAGCGCGGGCUACACCUGUAUUAGAAAAGUCUGUGUGUCAAGGUGUGGGGCCCCCGGGUUUCCAAGUGUCUCUGGAGGAGCAGGCCUUCCUGCUGUUGACAGACCCAGAGAGACAGACCAUGGGUUACUACCUGCGGGAGUACCAGGAGGGACACAUCGGCCUGGAGCCACUGACCAUGGCCCUGUUUGAGCUCUUCAACACCCAUGCCAAGUUGUCCCUGCUAUCUGAGGUGCGUAGUCAGGUGGCUCCCCAGGAACUGGAGCUGUAUGAUGGGCUGGUGCUGCACCGCGAGAGGGAGGCUCUGAAGGCCUGGCACGGAGGAAUAGGAUCCCUACACCCUGCGCACCCAUACAGCCGCUGUCUACACACGGAGCCCUCAGCCAGCCACAGCCACUCCAACCCAUCCACUCUCUGCUCUGCCAAGCAGGAGUGCUCACAUGGUGACAUUGUACAGCAAGAUCCAGGGGCAACCACUAAUGUCCUACCUGAUGUUACAUUGAAUGAAGUGCAGUCUACAGCUGAGUCUCCUCCAUUGUUCAAUUCUCGUCAUCCCCCUGGACCCGGACAGACCCAGCCCAGACAUCCGAGGGACAGGGAGAGGGAGCAGUCCAAGAGCCUCUUAUCCAGACACUCCCAAUCUGGCCUGGUCUUUACUGCCCCUACCAGGCUGCACCAGGAAUGUCACCACAAACACCUUAAAGCCUUCCAAAGCUUCUCCAACCACCAAACUUCCACCUCCCCUAGCUCUGAUGUCCAUCACACCUGUCCCAACCCUGGACAUCAUAAUAGCUCCAAUCCUGGCCAUCAUAACAGCUCCAACCCUGGCCAUCAUAACAGCUCCAACCCUGGCCCUCAUACCACCCCCAACCCUGGCCAUCAUACCACCCCCAACCCUGGCACUGGCCAUAAUGUCUAUCCAAGCUCUGGCAAUGACACAUCCAUGAACUCUCUUCACCACACCUGCCAAAACUCCCUCCACAUCUCCACAACUACCUCCUCAGACGACCACACCCACCAAACACACCACGGCUGCUCCAGCUCCGGCCACCAUUCCUGCCCUGGGUCCCUUCAUCCCAAGCCCUCUGGUCCUCAGAACAAGGACAAAUUCAUCAAGCUUCCCAUCUUCAGAUCCUGCUCCCAUGAGAAGCCUGCUACCUCCCCUGGUCCCUCCCCAUGUCUCUCUCCCUGUCUCUCUCCCUGUCCCUCCCCUGGUCCCUCCCCAUGUCUGUCCCCCUUUCCCUCCCCCUGUCCUUCACCCUGUCCCUCUCUCUCUGUGCUGGGACCUCCCCCAUGUAGUCCAGACAGGCCCUGCUCCCCCUGCUCUCCCUCCCUCAGCCAGGGACGUUUGUUUGUCAUGACCGACGCACACAGGCUGACUGCUGAGGUCAGGCCCGAGCCCCAGCAGAGAGGCACCACAUUGUCCCAGCUGUCAGACAGUGGUCAGACUCUGAGUGAGGACAGUGGGGUGGACAUUGCUGAGGCACGAGGGCUCAGUAAAGACAGCAGUCCUUGGCCAACUAAGAACCAGGCCAGCCAGGCCACACAAGGGCCGCAGGGGGCCCAGGGGUCUGCAGUACUGGCAUCCAAAAAGCAGCUUGGCUCUCCAGUGCCCAUACUUACUCUGGUACGUGUGGUAAAGAAUGCCAACACUCUGGGCAUCGCUAUAGAGGGAGGGGCAAACACACGGCAGCCACUGCCACGGAUCGUCACCAUACAGAAGGGGGGCUCGGCACACAGUUGUGGGCAGCUGAAGGUGGGACAGGUGAUUCUGGAGGUGAAUGGGGUCUCCCUGAGGGGUAGAGAGCACCGGGACGCUGCUCGCAUCAUCGCUGAGGCCUUCAAGACUAAAGAGAAGGACCACAUUGACUUCCUGGUUACCGAGUUUAACACAGCCCUACUGCAAGGCCUUUAGCGGGGUCGUAUUUCGGCACCGCACAGAAGAAAAGAGACUGAAACAAGAAGGGACCAACUGAACUGAUGCUUGUUCCCAUUUUCCUGCAGGGGCUUCAGCAGGACUUUGCACUUUAGAGAGCUGCAACAGAUGGAGGAAGGAGGAGAAGGAGAGAACGGAAGGAGAGAGAAGUUUGAUGGAGUGUUGCACCUGGGGACAACAUUAAGACAAUCCGUUAUUCUCCUGUAAGCCCCUUCUCCCUCCCCACAUUGUUGUCCCUAUAUACAAACUUACCAGGCUGGCCAUGUAGUGUUAAAAAGCUCAAAUGCACGAUAUCCUGCUUUAAGAAGAACCCACCUAUAGAACAUACAGUUGAAGUCGGACGUUUACAUACACUUAGGUUGGUAUCAUUAAAACAAAUUUUUCAACCACUCCACAAAUUUCUUGUUAACAAACUAUAGUUUUGGCAAGUCGGUUAGGACAUCUACUUUGUGCAUGACUCAAUACAUUUUUUCAACAAUUGUUUACAGGCAGAUUAUUUCACUGUAUCACAAUUCCAGUGGGUCAGAAGUUUACAUACACUAAGUUGACUGUGCCUUUAAACAGCUUGGAAAAGUUCCGAAAAUGAUAUCAUGGCUUUAGAAGCUUCUGAUAGGCUAAUUGACAUAAUUUGAGUCAAUUGGAGGUGUACCUGUGAAUGUAUUUCGAGGCCUACCUUCAAACUCAGUACCUCUUUGCUUGACAUCAUGGGAAAAUCAAAAGAAAUCAGCUAAGACCUCAUAAAAAAAAUUGUAGACCUCCACAAGUCUGCUUCAUCCUUGGGAGCGAUUUCCAAACGCCUGAAGGUACCACGUUCAUCUGUACAAACAAUUGUACGCAAGUAUAAACACCAUGGGAUCACGCAGCCGUCAUACUGCUCAGGAAGGAGACGCGUUACGUCUCCUAGAGAUGAACUUACUUUGGUGCGAAAAGUGCAAAUCAAUCCCAACAGGUAGAAAAGUAUCUAUAUCCACAGUAAAACGAGUCCUAUAUUGACAUAACCGGAAAGGCCGCUUAGCAAGGAAGAAGCCACUGCUCCAAAAUAAAAAAGCCAGACUACAGUUUGCAACUGCACAAAGAUCGUACUUUUUGGAGAACUGUCCUCUGGUCUGAUGAAACGAAAAUAGAACUGUUUGGCCAUAAUGACCAUCGUUAUGUUUGGAGGAAAAAGGGGGAUGCUUGCAAGCCAAAGAAUACCAUCCCAACUGUGAAGCACGGCACCCCCGUGCAUCAUAUUGUGGGGAUGCUUUGCUGCAGGAAGGACCGGUGCACUUCAAAAAAAUAGAUGGCAUCAUGAGGAAGGACAAUUAUGUGGAUAUAUUUAAGCAAAAUCUCAAGACAUCAGUCAGAAAGUUAAAGCUUGGUCGCAAAUGGGUCUUCCAAAUGGACAAUGACCCCAAGCAUACUUCCAAAGUUGUGGCAAAAUGGUUUAAGGACAACAAAGUCAAGGUAUUGGAGUGUUCAUCACAAAGCCCUGACCUCAAUCCUAUAGAAAAUUUGUGGGCAGAACUAAAAAAGCGUGUGCGAGCAAGGAUCCUAUCAACCUGACUCAGUUACACCAGCUCUGCCAGGUGGAAUGGGCCAAAAUUCACCCAAUUAAUUUUGGGAAGCUUGUGGAAGGCUACCCAAAACGUUUGACCCAAGUUAAACAAUUUAAAGGCAAUGCUACCAAAUACUAAUUGAGUGUAUGUAAACUUCCGACCCACUGGGAAUGUGAUGAAAGACAUAAAAGCUGAAAUAAAUCAUUCUCUCUACUAUUAUUCUGACAUUUCACAUUCUUAAAAUAAAGUGGUGAUCCUAACUGACCUAAAACAAGGAAUUUUCACUAGGAUUAAAUGUUAGGAGUUGUGAAAACUGAGUUUAAAGGUUUUUGGCUAAGGUGUAUGUAAACUUCCGACUUCAACUGUAAUAGCAUUAAAAAAUAACCAUAGAAGAACCCACCAAAAAAGCAUAAUAGAAACUAAGGAUCCACCAAUAGAACCUAAAAGCAUUGAGAAGAAACCACCAAUAGAAUCUAAAAUAACCCAAGAAGAACCCACCAAUAGAAUCUAAAAUAACCCAGGAAGAACCCACCAAUAGAAUCUAAAAUAACCCAAGAAAAACCCACCAAUAGAACCUAAAAGCAUUGAGAAGAACCCACCAAUAGAAUCUAAAAUAGCCCAAGAAGAACCCACCAAUAGAACAUACUGGAAUUAAGAAAAACCCACCGAUAUAGUCUAAUACAGUGCAUUUGGAAAGUAUUCAGACCCAUUGACUUUUUCCAUAUUUUGUUACGUUUCAGACUUAUUCUAAUUAAAAAUGUUCCUCAUCAAUCUACCCCAUAAUGACAAAGCAAAAACUGUUUUUUAGAAAUUGUAGCAAAUGUAUUAAAAUCAGAAACACCUUAUUUACAUAAGUAUUUUCUAUGAGACUCGAAAUUGAGCUCAGGUGCAUCCUGAUUCCAAUGAUCAUCCUUGAGAUGUUUCUACAACUUGAUUCUAGACCACCUGUGGUAAAUUCAAUUGAUUGGACAUGAUUUGGAAAGGCACACACCUGUCUAUAUAAGGUCCCACAGUUGACAGUGCAUGUCAGACCAAGACAUGAGGUCGAAGGAAUUGUUCGGAGAGCUCCGAGACAGGAUUGUGUUGAGGCACAGAUCUGGGGAAGGGUACCAAUAAAUGUCUGUAGCAUUGAAGGUCCCCAAGAACACAGUGGCCUCCAUCAUUCUUCAAUGGCAGAAGUUUGGAACCACCAAGGUUCUUCCUAGUGCUGGCCGCCAGGCCAAACUGAGCAAUCAGGGAGAAGGGCAUUGGUCAGGGAUGUGACCAAGAACCCGAUGGUCACUCUGACAGAGCUCCAGAGCUCCAGAGUUCCAGAACUUUCCAGAAGGACAACCAUCACUUCAGCACUCCACCAAUCAGGCAUUUAUAGUGGAGAGGCUAGACAGAAGCCAAUCUCCAGUAAAAGGCACAUUGGAGUUUGCCAAAAGGCUCAUAAAGACUCUCAGACCAUGAGAAACAAGAUUCUCUGGUCUGAUGAAACCAAGAUUGAAUUCUUUGGCCUCAAUCAAUCAAUCAAAUGUAUUUAUAAAGCCCUUCUUACAUCAGCUAAUGUCACAAAGUGCUGUACAGAAACCCAGUCUAAAACUGGUGGCUAGGAAAAACUCCCUAGAAAGGCCAGAACCUAGGAAGAAACCUAGAGAGGAACCAGGCUAUGAGGGGUGGCCAGUCCUCUUCUGGCUGUGCCGGAUGGAGAUUAUAACAGAACAUUGCCAAGCUGUUCAAAUUUUCAUAGAUGACCAGCAGAGUCAAAUAAUAAUAAUCCCAGUGGUUGUCGGGGUUGCAACAUGUCAGCACCUCAGGAGUUAAUGUCAGUUGGCUUUUCAUAGCCGAUCAUUCAGAGUAUCUCUACCGCUCUUGCUGUCUCUAGAGUGUUGAAGACAGCAGGUCUGGGACAGGUAGCACGUCCGGUGAACAGGUCAGUGUUCCAUAGCCGCAGGCAGAACAGUUGGAACUGGAGCAGCAGCACGACCAGGUGGACUGGGGACAGCAAGGAGUCAUGAGGCCAGGUAGUCCUGAGGCAUGGUCCUAGGGCUCAGGUCCUCCAUGAAAGAGAAAGAAAGAAAGAGAGAAAGAGAGAAAGAAAGAAAGAGAGAAAAAUAGAGAAAGAAUUAGAGAGAGUAUACUUAAAUUCACACAGGACACCAGAUAAGACAGAUAUAACAGACUGACCCUAGCCCCCGACACAUAAACUACUGCAGCAUCAAUACUGGAGGCAGAGACAGGAGGGGUCAGGAGACACUGUUUGGCCUGAAUGUGAAGCGUCAUGUCUGGAGGAAACCUGGUAGCAUCCCUAUGGUGAUGCAUGGGGUUGGCAGCAUCAUGCUGUGGGGAUGUUUUUCAGUGGCAGGGAAACUAGUCAGGAUUGAGGGAGAGAUGAACAGAGGAAAGUACAGAGAGAUCAUUGAUGGAAACCUGCUCCAGAGCGCUCAGGACCUCAGACUGGGGCGAAGGUUCACCUUCAAAUAGGACAACGACCCUAAGCACACAGCCAAGACAACGCAGGAGUGGCUUCGGGACAAAUCUCUGAAUGUCCUUGAGUGGCCCAGCCAGAGCCCGGACUUAAACCCGAUCGAACAUCUCUGGAGAGACCUGAAAAUAGCUGUGCAGUGACGCUCCCCAUCCAACCUGACAGAGCUUGAGAGGAUCUGAAGAUAAAAAUGGUAGAAACUCCCCAAAUACAGGCAGUGGUGGAAAAAGUAUCCAACUGUCAUACUUGAGGAAAAGUAAAGAUACCUUAAUAGAAAAUGACUCAAGUAAAAUUCACCCAGCAAAUUCCUACUUGAGUAAAAGUCUAAAAGUAUUUGGUUUAAAAUAUACUUAAGUAUCAAAAGUAAAAGUAUAAAUCAUUUCAAAUUCCUUAUAUUAAGCAAACCAGCAUCAUUUUCUUGUUUUUUUUUUUGCGGAUAGCCAGGGGCACACUCCAACACUCAGACACAAUUUACAAACAAAGCAUGUGUGUUUCGUGAGUCCGCCAGAUCAGAGGCAAUAAGGAUGACCAGGGAUGUUCAGUUGAUAAGUGCGUGAAUUGGAAUAUUUUCCUGUCCUGCUAAGCAUUGAACACGUAACAUAUACUUCUGGGUGUCAAGGAAAAUGUGUGGAGAAAAAGUAUAAUAUUAGUGAAAAAUAUGAAUAGAAAAGUAAAGUACAGAUACUUAAGUAAUAUUUUUACUUAAGUACUUUACACCUCUUGUCACGAUCGUCAUAGGGACUGGACCAAGAUGCAGCGUGGCAUGUUUCUAUCCUUUUUAUUAGGAAGAGAAAACUCAAAUAACAAAAACAAUAAAGCGAACAAACGAAACGUGAAGAUCAGAGUAGUGCUCACAGGCAACUAUACCUAGAAAAGAUCCCACAAAGCACAAAGGGGAAAUGGCUGCCUAAAUAUGAUCCCCAAUCAGAGACAAUGAUAAACAGCUGCCUCUGAUUGGGAAUCAUACCAGGCCAACAUAGAUAUAUAAUUAUCUAGAUGACCCACCCUAGUCACACCCCGACCUAACCAACAUAGAGAAUAACAGGCUCUCUAUGAUCAGGGCAUGACAGUACCCCCCCCUAAAGGUGCGGACUCCGACCGUAAAACCUGACGCAAUAGGGGAGGGUCCGGGUGGGCAUCUACCAUCGGGAGCGGCUCCGGACCGUGGAUCAUCGCCGGGGGCUCCGGACCGUGGAUCUUUGCCGAAAGAACUGGACCGUGGAUCGUCGCCGGAGGAACCGGACCGUGGAUCGUUGCCGGGGACUCCAGACCGUGGUUUAUCGCCGGGGACUCCGGACCGUCGCAGGAGGCUCUGGACUGAGAAUCCCCGCAGGAGGCUCUGGACCGCAGACCGUCGCUGAAGGCUCCGGACCGCGGACCGUAUCAGGAGGUUCCGGACCACGGACCGUCUCAGGAGGUUCCGGACUGUGAAACGUCGCCGGAAGCUCUCUAUGGUCAGGGUGUGACACCUCUGAAUACAGGUGUGUCAAACGUGCUUCAAAAACGUACUGAGUAAAGGGUCUGAAUAUUUCUGUAAAUGUGAUAUUUCAGUAUAUAUGUAUUUUUAUAUACAUUUGCAAAACUUUUUUAAAAACUUUUUUUGCUUUGUCAUUAUGGGGUAUUGUGUGUAGAUUCAUGAUGGAAAUAAACAAUUUAAUCAAUUUUCGAAUAAGGCUGUAACGUAAUAAAAUGUGGAACAAGUCAAGGGGUCUGAAUACUUUCAGAAUGCACUGUAUAACCUACAAAUAGAACCUAGUAUAACCUAAGAACCCACCAACAGAACCUAGUAUAACCUAAGAAGAACCCACCAAUAUAACCUAAUAUAACCUAAAAAGAACCCACCAAUAUACUUUAAUAUAACCUAAGAGGUCACCAAUAGAACCUAAUGUCGUUGAACUGGUGUAAUGUCAUCAAUGAUGUCAUUACAUUUAGCUGCUUGCUUUUCAUUCUCCCUGCUUUCUACUCUCCAACUGGUCUGCCUUUAGGAGCACCUCUCCCCUCAGUGGUAAUACCAAGAUGGUGCUUUGAAAAUGGAUAUAAAUUGUAUCUAAUCUUAGUCGAACUAUACCUUUAAUGCCAUCUCUAAAAGACUUUUUGUAUAAUGUCUGUAAUGUUUAAUGAACUCCUGCACCCAUACUUCUGUACAUGUAUAUAAUAUUUAGUGUUUAUGGCACUGAGACACCUUCAAGAGUUAAGAGGAUUGGAGCUAUUUAUAAUGUAAUGUUAGAUAGUCUGUGUAUGUGAAAGGAUCACGUUUUAAAAUGGAUUGUAUUAAUUGACUUGCAUCCAUUUAUGUGUUAUUUAUAACAAUAGUUACUUUUCUUUACUUUGUGUUCAGGAGAUGCAAUUCUGAAAACUUAGCAAAGGCACUUCAUGGGAGCUGUAAGCUAAGUCAGAGAUGGUAAGCUAAGUCAGAGAUGGUAAGCUAAGUCAGAGAUGGUAAGCUAAGUCAGAGAUGGUAAGCUAAGUCAGAGAUGGUAAGCUAAGUCAGAGAUGGAAAUUAGUCAACAGACUGCUAACUCAUUGUUAUACAGCAAGAUAACUUUUCAAUUAUAGGUAACUGACUCAUUACAAGCAGAGCAGGGGUGGAGGCAGUUGUAUUCAGCCAUAAUCAACACUGUGUGUGAGAGAGAGAGGUUGCAACCCAAAUGCCACCCUAUUUCCUAUAUAAUGCACUACUUUUGACCAUAUAGGGAAUAGGGUGUAAUUUGAGACGCUACCCAUAUAUCAGGGUAGUGUAGGAAGAUAUUACCGUGGAUUCUAAGGCUUCCUGUUGUAUUUGGGGAUGCUCCAGGUAGCAGCAGGCCUGUGGAUUCAGUAUCAAUUAACUCUAGUAAUAGUUAGUAAGAGUAUAAAAGAGAGCAUAUGAUUAUAUAAAAUGUAUUACAGAGUAUAAGAUUGAGAGUAGAGUAUUGUAGGUUGUAUAAAACUACUGAUCAUAGAUGUUUCAAUAAGCUUGUAAUAAAUGAUGAUAGACAGAAGGUUUAUAUUGGUAUUUUUUAAUAUUGUAAAAAUGACAACGUUUUUGUGAAUGCAAACCGUCCAGACAUGAUACAUACUUCAUAUCUUGUCCACAUAUAAAGUAUACACUGUAAAUACAUUUAUAGACAUAAUUAUAUAUAUACAUAUAUUAGAGAGAAAGAGAGAGAGAGACAUUAAAUUACUGUUUGACAGAAUCACACAACUACAAACAAUAUCACAGUAUUAUUCCUGUCUGCUGUCACUUUCUAGAAUGUACUUUCUCGGGUUCUAGUUGGGUAACAAUCACAUAAGAAGCAUAUUGACUAAUCGUGACUUUGUCCCAAAUGGCAUCCUAUUCCCUUUACAGUGCACUACUCCAUUAGGGCUCUGCUCAACAGUAGCACACUAUAAAGGGAAUAGAGGGCCAUUUGCGACAAGUGUAUUGUAUUAACUAUAGCAGGGGAAGGUGGGCCAAUGCCACAUCGCUUAAGGAUUUUUCUUUGCACCAAAACAACGCCAAGAAUGGACACAUACGAUAAGAUGAAAACCCCUAUGCAGAUCUAAUGUAGACUAUAUACAAGUCUGCGUCAUCUUGAUUCUUGUUUCUAUACCUUAUGUUGCCCAGGAGUAGGCUCAAGCUGUAUGGGAAAGAAUCCGACUGGACAAUGUUUUAGACCUAGCCUGAGUGCCAGUCUGUUUGUGCUAGCAUGCCAACUCUUUGUCAUGCCAACGUUUGGCUUGACAAUGAUAGCAAUGGAGAACGGAGUUGGCGAGACCAAGCACAGAUCUGGGACCAGGCUAAUGUUUUAGAGCUUUAGUUGUAGCAGCCUAUCAUACACAGCUGACGGUCUUAGAGGUGUACAAUCAUAACCUAAUGCUUACUGCACUAAAAGAUCAGACAUAUUCCUCAAGUCUAUAGAGUGCAUCGCAGUACAUCACUGAAUUGAAUUGAAUAAAGAUUUACCAACUCAUGUUUUGAAUCUUGUUUGCCUGGUUAGGUUGAAUGUAGCUAGAACAUUUCAAAAUACAUAUUUUAUUCAGACAUUUUCCAUUUCAUGAUACAUUGAAACAUCC